AUGCUUUUUCUUAUCAGUUUUGCAUGGCUCGUAGCUGCUAGUUUUGCUUUUGUUCUGGCUAUUUUAACUCCUAAUUGGUUAUCAUUUAUACCAUCUGAAGAACCUGAAAGUAUUACUGUGGAACGUGGAAUAUUUUAUAUAUGUAAUUCGUCUCAAAUUGGUAAUGGUUAUAAAAUAACACAAUGUUUAUCAAUCAUCGAACAGAAAUCAUCAAGUAAUCGAAAUACAUGGCUCUACGAACUUGCUAUUGCCUGUGCAGUAUUGGCUAUUGCUUGUGCUGGACUUAGUAUUAUUGUUUUAUGGUUGUCGGGAAUUUAUUUUCAAGUACGUCGACGAACAAAAGACACAUUAUGCUUUCUCUUUUGUAUUAUUCUUCUAACUUUAAUUAUUUUUUGUUCUUCAUUUGUCGUUUGGAUUUUACUUAUCGCAGAAACUCUUAAACUUGGUAUUUCAAUUGAUCGUCAUAGGUUUAGUUGGCCGAUGUGGUUAGCUGUUGGCGCAACGGGUGGUUAUUUAAUGUCACUUUUAACAAUGAUUUUUUCAUUCUGUGCGAUAUAUAAACGGAAAAAUAAAAUUAACCAAAAUUACUAUCGUCCAAGAAAUCAAUUUUAA